AUGAAAUUGGAAUCUUUCAAGGAAGUGUUAAAACGUCAGGUGCCAAUUGACAUUGGUAGACCAAUACCAAUGUUAGUACAUGAAUUGGAUCAUCCUAAAAAUUGUGGUGAUCCCUGGAUUGGCGCAUAUUCAAAGCACGGCUUCUGGUAUCAAUUUUCAGAUGGCACUAAUGAUGACUAUCAGAAGGUAGUUGCUCGAGCAUAUGAUAGUGAUUCAUAUAAAAUGGAUUAUGAUUCACUAAAGGUAUGGAAAGCUAUACCAACCUGCCAUUGUCGAUUCAUCGUCGCCAAAAAACAAAAUAAUGAAGUUCUUGGCAGCAUAACGAUUGCUUGCUUUAAUGAUUUUGCAGUAAUUGGUGUAUACUAUGUGGUUGAAGAGUAUCGACAUUCAGUGUCACAUUUGGCCAGUAAAUGUCAUCGUUUCGGCUUUACGGCAUCAUUGUUGCAAGAAUGGAAAUUUGUUACAUAUAAACUCAGCAAUCCGUCGGCAUUUCCCACGCUUCAGAAUAAAGAAAUUACAAUUAUUAAAUACAGUGAUCUUUCGGAAGCUGAACUUACAGCUUUACUGAGUUAUGAUAAAAGUGUAACAAAUUUGAAUCGAGAUAGGGAAGUAAUCGGAUAUGGAUGUUCAAGAGAGACAGCUGGAGGUUUUGUAUUACCUUUAUUAGUUGGCCCGUUAUAUGCGAAUAAUUUUGAAAUUGCUAGUGCUUUACUUCAUGCUUCAUUGCAGAAAUACUAUAAUCCUGAUGAAGAUUACGAUUGGGAUCCUGAUAUUUUUGCAAUAUACAGAAGGAAUGUGUAUUUCGUUGUACCGGAACAAAAUAUUCAAAUGAUAGCAUUAAUGGAGAAACUAAAAGGUGAAAUGGGAACGCUUAGCAAAGAUCGACUGUGCAAUAUUGUGGGUAUUUUCGAUAAAUCAUCGCACUAG